AUGGCUAAAAAUCUUCUAGGAUACAAAUUGCCAUCCCAAGAAUUCAGAAUUUGGCCGGCCAAAAAGGAAAGAUCUCCUCAUAAUCCUCAAAGUCUCGUAAAACACCGCACCCUUAAACCCACCGAUUCCGAUUCCGAUUUCGAUUCCAUUAAAACAACACAAUCAUCUCUGCCAUAUCUUCACCUCUCACCUCUCAUACCGUAA